CCCGCCCCCGCCCAGCGGCUCCAGGCGGCCGCCAUGGACCCCGGCGCGGCCGAGCUGUACGACCAGGCCCUGCUGGGCAUCCUGCAGCACGUGGGCAAUGUGCACGACUUCCUGCGCGUGCUCUUCGGCUUCCUCUACCGCAAGACCGACUUCUACCGCCUGCUGCGCCACCCCACCGACCGCAUGGGCUUCCCGCCCGGCGCCGCGCAGGCCCUGGUGCUGCAGGUGUUCAAACACUUCGAUCACAUGGCGCGCCAGGAUGAUGAGAAGAGGAGAAAGGAGCUGGAGGAGAGGCUGAGGCAGAAGGAGGAGCAGGAGGCAGCGGCCCCAGCAGCGGCCCCAGCCCCAGCCCAGGAGGUGGAAGUCGACUCUGUCACAGACUCUGGGGCAGGCCCUGAAGUGUCAGUGCCCCCUGCUACCAGCCAGGAGGUGGUACAGCCAGUGCCUGAGAAAGAACAUCCUGUUGCAGGGGCCAGUGCUGCAGAGGCCCCUGAGGAACCGCCUGCUCCUGCCCAGAGUCAGGAGCAGUUCCAGAGAAACCCUGAGAGCUACAACGGGGCUGUACGGGAGAACUACAGCUGGUCGCAGGACUACACCGACUUGGAGCUCAAGGUGCCUGUGCCUGCCCAUGUGCGGAAGGGCAAGCAGGUCUCUGUGAACCUGAGCCCAAGCUCCAUCCGGGUGGCUGUGCAGGAGGAUGGUGGGGAGCAUGUUUUAAUGGAAGGGACCUUCACCCACAAGAUCAACACCGAGAGUUCCCUGUGGAGCCUGGAGCCAGGCAAGUGCAUCUCGGUGAGCCUGAACAAGGUGGGAGAGUACUGGUGGAGUGCUGUGCUGGAGGGCGAGGAGCACAUCGACAUUGAGCGCAUCAACAAGGAGCGCUCCAUGGCCACCGUGGAUGAUGAGGAACAUGCUGUGCUGGACCGGCUGGCUUUCGACUACCACCAGAAGCUGCAGGGCAAGCCACAGAGCCACGAGCUGAAAGUCCACGAGAUGCUGAAGAAGGGGUGGGACGCACAAGGCUCCCCAUUUCGAGGCCAGCGCUUUGACCCAGCCAUGUUCAACAUCUCCCCUGGUGCUGUGCAAUUCUAGUGACGAGGAACCUCGGCCCGGCCUUGGCCCCAGACUCUGCCGGGCGCAAGAUACAGGGGUGUCCUGGGCUAUAGCCCAGUCCUAUUGUUGCUCAUGGUCACUUGGUCCCAGACCCACCUGCUUUCCUCCUGCUUGGGGGCAUAGCAACUCCUUUGUACUGGUGUGACCAGUGCACCGUGUGUGUGAUAGGUGUCUGGCGGUGGGUGCUCCCCGGUACACAGUACUCCCUCCCCACCCUGUGUGAGGGUCCCCGGGACUCAGUGCUCCUUCCCUGCCCAGUGUGAGGGUUUCUGGGACUCAGAGCUCUCUCCCACCUUUGUGAGGGUCCCAGGACUCUGACUUAGUGCCCCCUCCCUGCCCUCCUGACCACUGUUCUGCCUGUCUGCCAU